GAAGAAAAGAUGUUGUUUAUUCAAACCUGUGAAAAAUGGCGGAAAAAUCGUUUUCCACACACGUGAAUCAGAUCUACCUUCCAGGCGAUACGGUGAUUUUAUCAAAGGCAGAUGAAGUUUCGAAUGCCAAAAUCAUACUUGGUCCCGGUCUCAGGAAGUAUGGCAAACAGAUUUUAGUUACUAAACCAGGCAUUUUACGUACGAAAUCAACGCCACCAACUUACUGGAUAGACUGUCAUCACAGACGAUACGUUCCCGCAAGAGGAGAUGAUGUUAUUGGUGUGGUUACCAAUAAGGUUGGUGAAUCGUUCAAAGUCUAUAUUGGAUCAAGCGAGGAAGCCUCUCUUUCAAGCAUUGCAUUUCCAGGUGCCACCAAAAAGAACAAGCCCAACAUUCAGAUCGGAGAUCUGGUGUUUGCCAAGUUACUAAUUGCAAGCACUGACAUGGAACCAGAGCUGGUAUGUGUCAAUUCUCUGGGAGAGAAUGUUGGAUUGGGUGUCUUGUCAACAAACGGGUUCCUUUUCACUGUACCUUUGCAUCACAUUCGCAAGCUCUUGAAUCCUGAGUGUACACUGCUGAAAUCCCUAGGAAAAGCAUUACCUUUUGAAAUAGCUAUUGGAAUGAAUGGAAAGAUUUGGAUAAAGGCCAAAUCUGUCAAACAAACAAUUACCUUAGCAAGAGCAAUAAGCAUAUCUGAACACAUGAACAAGGAAGAGAUGAACCAGUUAUGCAGAAAAUUUGUAGACCGACAAGCUGGAUUCUGAUUCUCGUGAUAACUUUUCACAAUACAAAUAUUCAAAAUUG